UUUUGUCUGUCGUUUAUCUUCUUUCAACCCAACAUUCUUUCAAACUCGCAGCUGUGUUGGUGCUUUGCUGUAAUAUCUAACCCAUGUAGCCACUCUUAAUCACACUAAUGUCUGUGCUGCGGUUUAAUGACCUUUUGAGCUUCAAGUGCUUCAAUAAUCCUCUCUCUCUCUUCUGCUGCUGUCAUUAAUACAUCAGAUGUUUAGCUCUUUCAAUUUAUCUCCCUGCUGUCAAGAUUUUUUAACUGUAGCACCACAGACAUAAGACCUUUCAUUCAUUUGCACAGAGUAAAAAGUCUGCUAUAGACUUCCUAAAAAAAAAAUUAUAUAAGAAAUAUGUAUCUGAUUUUUCAUGAAGCACAAUGAUAAAGCAAUAUUUUAAAUAAACUUACAUCAGGUUGCUAUCUAAAACAGUGUGCUUCUCAGAAAUGUUGUCAUACAGUAAGUAAAUUUAAACUACAAUACUACAUACCGCUGUGUCUCACUUGCUCUUUAAAAAAAAACUUUUUAGCAUAAUUUUACAUAACGGUUGUAAUAAAAAACUAUAAAUGACAAUUGUAUGAAUUAUACAACAAUGGAUAAAUGGAAAAGUUGUAGUUUCCACACACUUUCGGUUAAAGCCAAGCCAACAUCAGUUCUGUCUGACUACAGAUCAUUUUGUCACUGCGUAUGUACCAGUAUGGGCAGUGGGUAUUCAUGGAAACAAUGCAGUAGAGCCCAGCUCUGUGCCUCUGUCUCAUCUCUUUCCUCAGAUUCAACCUGCUGAAGGCCCUACAGCCUAAGCACCGCUUGCAACAAAUGCUGUCGUCUCCCACUGCAUCCCCUGUACGAAGUCCAGCACCUGUCAGUAACCGCGAUCCCUAUGGAAAUGCCUCUCUUAGCAGCAGUAGCAAUUCAGGGUCAUGCAAGGGCAGUGAUGGAAGCCCAACCCAUAGGCGUCACGUGAAAUACACCGCCUGCAAUGAUAACCAUGGUAUCCGGCCCCCCCCACCCGAGCAAUAUCUAACUCCACUGCAACAGAAAGAGGUGUGUAUCAGACACCUGAGAGCACGGCUUAAAGAGACCAUCGACAGACUGCAGGACAGGGACACUGAGAUUGAUGAGUUGCGUACUCAGCUGUCUCGUAUGCAAGAAGACUGGAUUGAAGAGGAGUGCCACCGUGUAGAGGCUCAGCUGGCUCUAAAGGAGGCUCGCAGGGAGAUCCAGCAGCUUAAACAGGUUGUAGAAGUUGUCUCAUCCAGUCUGGGAGACACCGACACUGGGGUGCAGAAGUGCUUCCAAGACAUAAACCUCCAGAACCACAAGCUAGAGUCUUUAUUGCAAAGCAUGGAGCUGGCUCAGGUCGGGACCACCAAAGCAGGAGAAGCCCUAGUGGGUGGAGGGGUGGUGAGGGCAGGGCUGGAGGUCAGCGAGGGCCUGGAGGAGUCUUCAGAAGGCUCCCCAGCUCGCUCGCUUACCCGCAGCUCUACCUACACCAAGCUGAGUGACCAAACCGGCCCGGAACGUGGGGGGAAUGAAAACGGGUGUGACAUUCCAUGUUUGUCAGGCGAGGGCACGCAGGACAGCGGGUUUGUUUGCUGCGGAGACAGUGGAAGAGGAGCCAGCAAGGCAGACCUGCUCCUGGAGGCUGCAUUUCUGUCCCAAGAAACUGCUUCGCUGCUCAAUGCGUACUCCCGCCUGCCACACUCCUCCACCUAUGAAGCGCUGUGCAACAGUGAGUCGGGAGCUGUACCACUCCUCUGCAGUGGGAUCGGAAUGGGGACCAGUGUUAGCAUAAGUAAUCCAUGUCUGUCCCAUCAUCAUUUAUACCUGCACCACCUGCGUGAGCAAGGCAUUCAGACCGACCAUUCUCCGGCUUCAGCGCCAGCACAUGGCCCCAGUACAUCUUUUAACUCUGAUCUGGACACUAUUGCUGAGCGUACCUUCCGCUCUCAAGCCUGCAGCCCGACCUCUACCUGGAUGUCUGAUGAGGGAGAUGAUCUGGAGUUGUUAGCUACAGAGUCAGCCAUUACAGCAACUUCCAUUGGCACUGAUUUUUCCACUAAGUCUGCACCGGUUGUUGCAAUGGAGCCUUGUACACCAACUGCAUCAGUUCCAAAAGGACCUGCAUCUUUAGCGUCGAUCCCCAUGGAGUCCCCGGUCAAGGAGACUACUGUUUCAGAGUCUCUUACAGACUUGACAAUCACAACAACAGCUUUGACCACAGAGACCAUUGUAUCUCCAGUUAUCAACUCUGUUCAACUUCUAACAGACCCUUUGCCAAACCCUGGGACCUCGCCUUGCUCGGUACAGACUUUGGUCGAGAUGGAAGAGGACACCCUUCCACAGACCACUCAGCCUCGUAGUGUACUUACAGAGGCUGGGGUUGCAGGGGAUGAUGUAAUCAAUAUAGGUUCCGAUGAUGAAGAUGAGGUUGACGAGAGCGCUACAAACACCGAUUCCAAGUCGCCUGGCUGCGGUUUACCUGUAAAGAACUACUGGAGCCGGCACUUCCUAGUGGAUUUGCUUGCAGUGGUCGUGCCAGUGGUCCCCACAGUGGCAUGGCUUUGUCGGGGUCCACACCGUGAUGGUCAGCCAAUGUACCAUAUUGGUUCUCUGUUGCGGGGUUGCUGCACUGUGGCCCUCCAUUCCCUGCGUCGAGGAGGUGGUCUUCGGCACUACCCCGCAGGAGGAGGUGGUCCAGGAGGAAUGAAUAUAUGAGACCUUCUCUUCUGUCUUGGGUAGCCCUGCAGCCAGUGAUAUCACAAGAUGUGCAAUAAGAGAGUGGUUAAAACUUAAAAAUUAAUUGAGGCAACCUCUGGAAGCAUAGUGUCUGAGCACAGCACCUUAAUGCUGUGGUUCUCUAUGGUCUAUAUUCAAAAGGAGAUAAGAAUGAGGAAGAGGAAUCACUAGCAUGUAUUUACACCUACAAAUAAGAUGCUCAUGAAGACUAGCGAGCUUUCAUCUUUCUCCACAACAGCUACACUGAAAAUAGGCGAGAUUGUGUGUUCUGAAUUACUGACACAAUUACUGACCCCUUUAAUUACGCUUAUUUCGAGUGAAGAAUAAGUGAUGGUAAGGAACUGACCUUUUGUGCGUCACUCUCACUGUCACUGCGGAGGGUGUGUGUGCUCUAUAUGCGAGUUGAUUUAUCUGAGCGAGUGUUUUUGUUGUGUUAAUGUACAGUGCAGCCAAAGUACCUGGAUUACUAAUGGCCAUCAUUGUUGUAGCCGUGAGUGCAGUAGUUAGCUGUCCCACUACUUUUGCCUGUGUGGCUCAGAGCAAUCAACUUUUCCCCUUAAGGAGUCAGGCAAGCACCUUCUCAUCUAUUUAUAUGCUUUGCAUAUACAACUAGUGUCCUAGAUAAAUGCUGUCACAAAAUGAUAUUUAGUCCAUCUGGGGUAUUUUAGAAAAUGUAUUCUUUAUUUUAGGCUCAAAUAAGUGGGAAAGUUUGAUGGUUGAAAAAUGGGAAAUAGGAAAAGGGCAACACAUUUUAAGUAAUAAUAUUAACAGUAAAAAGAUUCAGCGUUUAGACAAUAAUCAGGGUUAAAUUACUCUAAUCGGGUCAUGGGAGAUUUUUCACCAGAAAUGAAUUUUAUGAUUUUCUUUCACUGUGUGACCAUCAAAAUACUGUCAUAGCCAAAUGGGUUUUUUUGUUUUUGUUUUUGUUUUGUUUUUUGAUAAAAUGCUAAGCUUAACAAUAGGUGUAAUGUUAUGGUAUUGACGUAGCUAAUAUGUUAUUUCAGAAAUACCAUGUAAUAUAAUUCCACUAAAAGAUCAAAGAAAGAAAUAAAAUACUUUGUAUUGUUACUUGGUAUGAAAAGAGGAAUAUAAAACUUGUUGAAAGUUUAUUAAAAAAAAAAAAUAGCAUGCAGAAACAAAUCUGAUUCCAAACAUUUGGCCAUGACUGUGUUCAUGUUAAACAUUCAUUUGACUGACACCAAGGUGACGUCGAUUGCACUAUAAUUCACUUUAUAAGCAAUUACUUGAAGUAAACUUGAUUGUGUGUUUCUGUCUGUCCAAAGGCCAAUGCAUACAUGUUAAAUUUCACCAACACCACCAUUUUAAAGAACCAUCACUGAUUUACAAAAUGUACUUAAAGAUUUAUACUUUGUGUAUGUGACAGCUGGAUUGAUUAGCCAGAAAACAGUGUACCAGAUAAUCAGCCAGGCUUAGUUAUUUGCAUCUCACAUAUCAUCUUAUAUUCUGUCCCUCUAAACCAUUAAUAGCCGCUGCCUUUCAGUCUACCUCCCUCUGAUAUUGUGUACAGUGUAUGUGGCUGGAUAUAUUCUUUUUAUUUGUUGUCUGUUUACAAAGUUCUCUAUCAAAUAAUUUGCUGCUUUCUGUUGUGCAGAUUUUGUGCGGCAUCUGUGAAGUUUCCAGAACUUGAUAUUUAUUCUGCUUGACAAUCUUAAUUUGUGCUUUAUGUGGCGUCAAGUGCAUACACGUGUCUUUAAUUUAGUCUAGUCCCUGCACUUUUUACCUCAUUCCAACUAGGCGCUUAUUAAAGAACCUUACAAUAGAUUAGAAGAAAAGUAUUCCUGAAUUUUUGUUUUGUUUGUUUAAACUAUGAAUGUGUGGUUUUCAGAUAUAACGGAAUAUGAGGUUAAUGAGAUUGUAAUCAAGCGCUACUUCAAGAACAGGAGGUUUCCUCCAAACUGCUACUGUCUGUUUGUCAAUGAAAUGUACGUAAAUAACUAUUGCAUUAGUUAUUUGACCAGAUAAAUGUUUUACGCUGAUGUAAAUCUUUGUAUAACUGCUGAAUUGACACACAAGGCCUUGAUAAGAUUUUCUUGAAUUUUUUGAAGCCAUAGUACUAGCAGAGAUGUGUAUGUUGGCCCUAUAUGCUGGUAAAUUUGAGUAAUAAUAUUUCUGUCAUAUUAUAGUUAUUUUAUAAAAAAAAAAAAAAAUACUUUCAAACAGCAUUCAACACUUGUCUUGUGUAAGUGUGUGCUGGAGA